CUUGGAUGCAAAUGAAUUAAAUACUAUAUUUUAUUUUAUUUUAUUUGUCUAUUUUUUUUGGUCUUAUGUCUGAAUCUCUUCUUGUCGGAAACACAGAUCUCAGUUUCUUAUAGAAUCUCCGACUCGUUUCUUUGCCACAUCGGGGUCUCGUAGAUUCGGAUCGUAGGUAUGAGCAGUCAAGGUUCCGCCGGAAAGGCGGCUGUUGAAGCCAAAGGAUUGAACCCGGGAUUGAUAGUGUUGCUUGUUGUUGGAGGUCUGCUUGUGACAUUCCUGAUUGCCAAUUACGUGAUGUACAUGUAUGCUCAGAAGAAUCUACCCCCAAAGAAGAAGAAGCCCGUCUCCAAAAAGAAGCUCAAGCGUGAGAAGCUCAAGCAGGGAGUCCCUGUGCCCGGUGAAUAGUACCACCAGUUUACUUUUUUCUUGUAUUGAAAAUGUCAAUGAGACUUUUAUAUGGAGUGUAGAAACGACCCUUGUUUUGCUUUCGGUAGACUUCACAAAGAUUUGAAUAUCAGCUUUUGGUUAUCCCUUCACAUA